GGUGUCGGCUUGUCUGUCCAUGGGCAGUUCCGUGUGGCGACAGAGAAAACACUAUUUGCGAUGCCGGAGACCGCAAUAGGUCUCUUUCCAGAUGUAGGAGGAGGCUUUUUCUUGCCAAGACUGGAAGGGAAACUUGGCUUGUACCUUGCAUUAACUGGAUAUCGAAUUAAAGGAAGGGAUGUGCAGCAAGCUGGAAUUGCUACUCAUUUUGUGGAGUCCGAGAAGAUCCCUGCGCUGGAGAAAGAUUUGGUAUCUUUAAAGUCACCUUCAAAAGAGGAUGUUGCAGAUUUGUUGAAUUCUUAUCAUCAUAAGUGCACAGUUGAAGAUAAGAAGUUUGUUUUGGCUGACCAUGUGGACAAGAUCAAUAGUCUGUUUAAAAGCAGCAGUGUGGAAGAGAUUCUACAAAAUCUGAUGCAGGAUGGUAGCCCAUUUGCGCUCAAGCAGUUGGAGACAAUGAAGAAAAUGUCGCCGACAUCCAUGAAGCUAACCUUUCGACAGCUUGAACAGGGAGCCGUAAUGAGCCUGCAAGAUGUUCUAGUGAUGGAGUAUCGGCUCAGCCAGGCUUGCAUGAGAGGCCAUGACUUCUAUGAAGGUGUGCGCGCAGUUCUGAUUGACAAAGACCAAAGACCGAUCUGGAAACCAGCAAAGCUUGAAGAAGUGACGAAGAAUCACCUGGAUGCUUGCUUUAGUUCACUUGGAAGCAAGGAUCUCGUGUUAUAGAGAGCUAAAUGACCCCAGGUUUAAAAACGAGGAUUAUGAAUCGGGGUUUCAAUUAAUAUUAUGCGCUAACGNUUUUUUUCUGUGAUCAAAAUGUACUCAUGUAUAUGCCCCAGGUGAAUGNUUUUUAAUUGAGUAUAAUAAAUAUAACAAGAGCAA